AUGCCGUCCUUCCGUGGUAUCUCUGUGUUUGUCGAGAAGCCGGAGGGUGAACAAUUUACCGAGUUUGAUACCCAAACUCUUCGAAGCUCUGGACCUACUAAGCAACUGAGUACAAAGAUCAUGUGUGAAGACAAUCAGCCAUUCAGGAUCAAAGUCUCAUCGGAGUACAGAGCAAUCGCGGUCCGAAACGCCACCAAUGUCAAUGGCCGUGCUUCAUACAAUUUGCCAAGCAAGCAUAGUGAAUGGAACGAUGAGGGCAAGUGUCGCCUGUUCUUUAAGGUCUAUAUGGACGGCAAUGAGUUUCCGGAAUGCUCAUAUGUGAAGUCGGUGGGAAGCAGUGAUGCUUUCACUGGGCGCUGGUCGGCCAACGAGCAUGGAAGUCGCGUCACCACACCAUGGAAAUUCAAAUCUGCGCCACUGGAGCACUUGUUUAGACAAAGCAUGGAGAUCGAGCAGGAGGAGCACGACAUUCCCAAGAACUCCACGGACCGUGAUCUCAUCGAGAUGCAGACCAGAUUGGGUGGUGAUCUUCUAGCGCCUGCAACAGUAAUCCGGGCGAUCGAAGUUAGAGCAAGUAGAGUCUACAGCUACGAUGUCUGGAAACACUCAACGAUGAGGACACCACACAUCAUUGGUUUUGAAGAGGGCACCAAGGAGAAACGUUCAGCAGUAACCUCGCAAUUGGUGUACGCUGAUGAAGGCAAACAACCCUAUGUCACGUUUCGGUUCCUGUCCAUGGCAAGACACAAGCUCUUCACACUCGGUUUGUGUACUGAGAGUGGUGCUCCAAUUCAAGGACAAGGUAUGCAGACUCGGUCUGGAGCCCGGUUGUUACCAUUACAAGCCAUGACCAUGAAGCGAAACUUGGAGUCCUUUUCCUUGGAGAGCCCAAGCCGAGAGUAUGAGAAGCCAAAGCCGGAAAUCGUUGAUGAGGACUUCGACAACGCCGAUGGUUCACGCAAGCGCCGCCUUAUUAACGAGCGAUUCGCCAAAAUGACAUUGAACUCACCAACGGCUAAGGACGUCGACACCAAGGCAGAAACCAUCAACACUACCAAGAAGGAUGCUUAG